AUGGACGAGGACCGGGAGCAAGAAGCAGAUCCUGAUACUGCGUUGGCCGACAUUCUCCAAGGGCGCCGCAUCUUUUGGGGCGGCCUCCGGGAGCUUUGGGUCUUCGUUUGCUCCAUGCCCCCCUCGACCGCCGUCACCUUCCUCACCUGCCUUCUGGCUUUUGGAGACCUAGGGCCAAAGGGCCUGAGGGAUGUGGAUAUUUUCCGGGUAGACUGGCCGGCCGUUGCACGGAGUGCCAGCAAGGUCAACGCAACCAUCAUCGGCGACUUCGACAGGGAGUUGCGGCGCGAAAACCGGAGCCUUGCCCGUGUCAGCCAACUUACCAACGUGAUUGUCGAUAGGCUUCAUGAGCCAUCUGGAGGACAGGAGGAGGUCCCAGCAUCGAAUCUCACCUGGCGGAGCACCGCGAGACCUGCCAGCGCAUGGUUGGGUUGUUUUGGCGCCAUAAAGCAGAAUCAGGUUACGCACGACCACUUCCGCGCACAGGUCAACAGAUUUGUCCAACUCCAGUCGCAGUUCCUUGAUAUGACCGUGCCAAAGUCCGGACAGUAUAACCAGGAGGCGGACCGUUACCGCGGCCCAGAUGCGUUUCUCGAGAAGGCCAUCAAGAGGUUUAACGGGUUGCCGGACCGCAAGUCUGGCGACAGGGCGGAGCUGGCUUCGUUUGUCCGAGACCUCCACGCAGCACAGGGGGCGGCUAGCAUGCUCACCCUGGCGUUUUCGAAUACCAUCAAUAAGCUCCUCGAGCUGUCUUACAGAGCGGAGAAGGAGAGAGUCUGGAUGCGAGAUAUGGAGCAGCGACUGAGCGUCCUGUCAUCGGAUAUUGCGAAUAGCCCCGAUGCCGUGACCGAUCUCCUGGUUGGUGCGAGAGGGAUUUUGACUUGGGUCGAAGAUUGGAGGCGCGCACGAGAGAAGCUGUAUCCUCAGUCUCAAUUAGAUACGGAGGAAUUGAUGUGCGGCAGCAUGGGUUUGAUUCGCGAGUGGUUGUGCUAUAAUGAUGGCAUCGACCACGAAGAUGGAAGGGCCAAUACUCCAGUGAAUCCUACACAGGACGAGGGUGGCCGCGGCCGGCACCUUGCAAGCAUCGAGACGGCAUCGACCCAACCGCAUGAACCCGGCCAUACCCGUCACUCACACAGCGCUCGCCACGCUACAUUUAGGGAAAUAUUACGAUUUGGCGGGGGCCAAGAGGAAGGCAGAGCGGUAGAGUCAUGGAGACACCCGAUGGCGUUUCACUAUCUCGCCCUCGCUAGUGUGGCCAUCGGCAUCUGCGCCUUGUUCUUCCUGGGGUUCCAUUACGAGGGCAGUGUCAACGAAGAAAGCUGGGCCGGGGAUUCGCGCGUCAACAUUCCCAUAUCGAACUUACAUCCGGAGGACCUCGAGAUGGUCGCUGUCCCGUUCCCGAUGGCUGACGUCGUGACCAUGGCCGAAGUGGACUACCGCAAGGGGCCGCAAACAAAAACGGGGCUCGUCAAGGCUGAGCACGAGCCAUUUGUGGUUGAUAUGACCAACGCUACACUCACAUUGGACUUACUCGAAAAGCUCUGGCCUGUGCUCAUCCGUGUUACCACCGACCUACUGGACCUGGGCUUGGGGCGCAACCACAGCGACUACCGCACAUUCAGAAACGACCUGAAGUCCCUUACCGAUCCCGAAAAGCCGGUGCUUAUCUCACGCAAACCGGGGCCAAGCCUGGUACUGAUCACUCUGGCGAGUGCGAGAGACCUCUGGAAAGAGUUGUAUUCCAUGGCGGAGGGGUGGCCACGCACCGCUCACAGGUGGCUCCACUUCCUCCGAGUGUACAUGGACCGCACGGAAAGGCAUUGGCCAAAGCAGGAGCCGGGCAAGGGGAUGCUUGGUGGCAACAACCCCUCAGCUCUAACACUCGGGUGCUUCCGGCCUCCCUCGCCCGCACAACUCCUCCGUCACGCCAGACGCCAGCACCCAGCCCACCAAACCCUCCCCGGACUCGUGGCUAGCUUACGCCUGUCCCGGAACGCGACGGUACAGGCAUACCAGACUAAGGCCUUCUUCACCCGGAUAGAGCCUCAUCAGGGGGGCAAAUCUGACCCUACCGGCCUGGAAGCCGACAUCAAUCUUCUCUGUUUCUCCCACCAGAUGCUGAAAGUAGUCGCCUCAGCCCGCUGCCCCUCCCACCCCUCCGAGGAGUCGGUCCUCAAGAACCGCCUCCCUUACUGGGCCCUCUUCGGCAGGAACACGGGCUGCGGCAGCGGCAGCUGCUUGCACAGCCUGCAUGACGCGCUCUGCGACGCCGAGCUGUUCCUGACGGCCUUCGCGGCCAAGGCGCGAGAGGUGCGGACGCGCGUGCACGACGCCGUCGCCGAACGGGGCGGCUUCUCCCUGGUCGAGCGCGCCGCCGCCGCCUACGGCCGGGACGACAUCGUCCGCCGCGCGCGCACCCUCGACACCCUCGACGCCCUGCUCGCCUCCCUGGCGGGCAUGGCCGUGCGGAUGCUGCGGCAUCCCCACCCCAGCCGAGGACCUAGACGCCCCUCUUCGCCAGACAAUGUCAGGACCCGCGCAUCGCCGCCGCCGCAACCCCGCGAGAGUGCCGCCCUCGUCAUGCUCGCCCGCUCCUCCGAGCUAGAGGAAGCCCGCGAGACCAUCCGCAACAUCGAGACCCAGUUCAACCAGUGGUUCAACUACCCGGUCGUCUUCCUGAACAACGAGCCCUGGGACCCGGAAUUCAUCCGCCAGCUCAACGCCUCGGUCAGCGGCAAGGCCAUCUUCGAAACCAUCCCCGCCGCGGACUGGUCUUUCCCAGACAACAUCGACCCCACCGCCGCCCGCCAGUCCAUGGCCCGCCAAGCCGCCGCGGGGGUCUGGAACGGCGGCAAGGAGUCCUACCACCACAUGUGCCGCUUCUACUCCGGCGCCUUCUACACCCAACCCGCCCUGGCCCCCUUCAAAUGGUACUGGCGCCUCGAGCCCGGCGUGCGCUACACCUGCGCCAUAACCUACGACCCGUUCGCCGCCAUGGCGCGCCACAACAAACUCUACGGCUUCACCAUCGCGCUGUGGGAAGAGCCCAACACCUGCCCCACCCUCUUUCGCGACGUCGACGCCUUCCGCCGGGAGCACCAGCUGCCCAAAUCCCCGACCUGGAACGCCAUGCUACACCUCCCGCUCCCCUGGUACCUCCAGCCCUACCCGCUCCGCAAGCUGGCGGGGCUCCUCGGCACCGCGCACACCACCACGCGCGGCGACCGCUGGAACCUCUGCCACUACUGGAGCAACUUCGAGAUCGCCUCGCUCGACUUCUUCCGCGGCGAUGCCUACCAAGCCCUCUUCCGCCACCUGGACGCCCGCGGCGGCUUCUACCACGAGCGCUGGGGCGACGCCCCCGUGCACUCGCUGGCCGCGCAUUUGUUGUUGGAGCCGGGGCAGCUGCAUCAUUUUUCCGAUCUGGGGUAUCAUCAUGAACCCUUCUUUCAGUGUCCUGGGAAUGCGCCGGGUGAGGGCCAGCUGCCGGGGAAUGAGGCGUUGGCGGAGGGGGGGAGGGAGCAGACGUGGUCCGAGGAGAGGGAGGGGGAUGUGGGCUGUCGGUGUCGGUGUCCGGAUCGGAGGAGGAGGAAUAAUAGGGCGAUUUGCUUGGAGAGGAUGGGGAGGCCGGCUGCGAGGGAGAGGGUGGGUUGGUGGGAUCGUUGGAAGGGGAGGUAUCCGUAUGCGAUUGGGGUACCGUAA